CAUCCCAAGACACAGAGCAGAUUGCCUUAAAUCAUGAGUUCCACCGGCUUUGACUUUUACUUUCCUUCUACUUACAAGAGGAGAACGGUUAUGCGUAGUGCAGGAUAUGGAUCUAGUGGAAGUAUUGAACCAAAGGCUGCAUAUUUGAGCCACUCCGCCGCCACACCUUAUGCGUCGUCAUACAGAAGUUUUCCUACCCACAGUCGAGCUACCGCCAGCUCUUUCCUGCUUUCCGCUCCAGGGUAUACAGCUGCCACCGAGCUACGCCUUGACCAAGCAGCACAGGUCACCUCUGAAUUCAAACGAUUAAGGACCCAGGAGAAGGCGGAACUACAAGAUCUCAAUGACCGCUUUGCAAGCUUCAUUGAUAGGGUCCAUGAACUGGAGCAACAAAACAAGUUGCUGGAGACUGAACGCCUGUUGCUCAGGCAGCGCCAAACAGAACCAUCAAACCUCCGGGCCCAAUAUGAGCACGAGAUCCGUCAGCUCAAUGCUGCAGUGGAGGAGGCCCGUUAUGAGAGACAAGCUGCCCACCACCACAGGGCUGAGAUUGAGGGCGUGUUGAAGAACCUGCAAAAAUGCUAUGAGGAUGAAGUUCUUGGUAGGGAGGGGGCAGAAGGCAGGCUUAUGGAUGCCAGAAAGCAGGCAGAUGUCGCAGCAAUGGAGAGACGUGAGCUUGAGAAAAGAGUUGAAAUUCUGUUGGAUGAGCUAGCCUUCCUGAAGCGUCUCUGUGAGAGCGAAAUUGCAGAACUCCAGGCCCAAAUACAAUAUAGCACGGAGGUGUCCGUGGAGAUGAAUGUAGUUAAACCUGACCUAUCAGUUGCUCUACGUGACAUUCGAGUCCAGUAUGAGACAAUGGCACGAUGCAAUCGCCAGUCAGCUGAGGAGUGGUUCUGCAACAAGAUGAAUAUGAUGUCGGUUGGCACUGCUCGCAAUACAGAGAGUGCACGUAAUGUCAAAGACGAGGUUGGUGAAUACCGCAGGCAGCUCAAAACUAGGACAUUGGAGAUUGAUGCCUGCAGAGAGAUAAACCAAGCACUGGAGAACCAAUUGCAGGAAGUGGAGGAGAAACAGAGUGCUGAGAUUUCUGCUCUGCAGGAUGCCAUAAAUCAUCUGGAAGAAGAAUUAAGGGCAAACAAAAAUGAAAUGGCGCGCUACCUGAAAGAUUAUCAAGAUCUCUUGAAUGUGAAGAUGGCCUUGGAUAUUGAAAUUGCAGCCUACAGAAAGCUGCUUGAAGGAGAAGAGAACCGCUUAGACCGGUGUGGCCAGAUGUCUUCUGUUGUUCACUCCCAAGCUGUGUUUGCUGGACCUCCUCAUGGAAGAACUCUAGUCUCCAUGCAAUCUCAACUGCAUUCGGCUGCUCCGUACCGACUGACCCCUCGAUUGUACAGAUCAACAGUAUCCACUGAGGAGGCAAUAUCUGCAAGUGAAGCACAGCAAGCUGAGGCAAGGCCUCCUCAGGAAGAGGAGGACAAGGAGGAGGAGGAAGAAGAGGAGGGGGAGGAGAAGGAGGAAGAAGAGGAGGUGGAACUAGAUGACAGGGAGAAGGGAGAGGAAGAUGAGGAAGAAGAGCAUGGCGAAGAUGAAGCUGAUGGAGAAGAGGCCAAGGUAGAAGAUCCAUUGAAGGAGGAUGAAAAGGAAGAAGUUGAUGAAUCUGAGCAGAAAGAAGAAGGAGAGGACAGGGAUGAUGAGAAGGAAGAAAGACAAAAAGAAGUGGAAACAGAGGCUGAUGAGAAAAAUGGAAAAGCUUAGUACGGUUUGUCCUCCACCGUGAGGCUCGGAUACGUCUUCAAAUUGUAAUGGUGAAUGUCUCACCUUGUUGCAUGGACAGUACAAUUUCAAUAUUAUCAAAAUUAGGAGAAUUUCACAAGCACCAAAACCAAUUAUACUUUGUGUAAAUUUGUUUGCAACGCUUUGUGCUUAAGUGUCACCACAAUAUAAGAAAGUCUAUACUGAAUUAGCUAAUGUCCUUCCAGUGAUUGCUAUCCAUAAUGUGCUGCAAUAA